AUGGCUGAUACUGGUUUGGCCUGUGCAGUGUUCAUUUCAGAGGGUGACCGGGAAGUAUAACCCCCCUUUCUCCCCGUCACAUAAAAAUAUAUGCCGACCCUUGAAAAUGUAUGACAUGACUACCUACGUAAACUACAUGUGCUGUAAUAUGUGAAAUGAAUUUUGGGCCGAUUAUGAGUCAUUUUGUUUAAAUGAAAUUUAAAAAAAACUGAUACUAGCGACGGGUGUGCACUGUUGUAAGUGGGAAGUUGGGAAAGUAGAAUACAUAAAGUUAUUUAAUUUAUAUCUGUAAGCAACGGCAAAAUAUUUCCAACGAAAAACGAUUUGGAGCGAAGUUCGGUUACACAUGUUUUAAAAGACCGUAUUAUUUACGAUUUUCGUUAAAAUUUUAUAUUAAAACGCUUAUGACAAAAAAAACUUAAAUUUAUUUUUCAGACCACAAAGUACAACUUAUAAUGUCCCUUGUGUUAAGUUUGUCAAGCUUUUCUUUUAAGUCAUAUACUUUUAAUAACAGAUGCCUAACAAGCCAAUAUAAUUAUUUUGUGAAAACUACAAGUCGCACAAUUAUUUUUUAAUCAAAUAACAACAAAAAACUCAAAUGGCGUACAGUUUGCCGUAUUUCAUACGUUUUUUUCGUAAUUAGAAAAACUUUAUGGAAAAUCAAACAACAACUUUCUUACUCACAAACUAGACAAAAUUUUUUUUGAAAUUUUGACAAAGAUUAAUUCUGGUAAAAAAAUAUAAUCUUACAAACUCUGAUGAAAUUGUUACGCCGAAGUUUUAUAAAUCGUAAUUUUCGGUUUUUUUCCAAUUGUUAUGAAACCCAUUUAAGAUAUCAAAAAACGACUUACCCUGCCUGCAAUGGAUAUAUAUUAAAAAGAAUGAAAUUUAUAAUUCAUUAUUUUUUGAUUGGAACAAUAUUUCUGGUAGAAAACAUAGUUUGCAAAAAUUAAAAACAAUACAGCAGCGUGCCGUAAAUACUUAUCAUUUUUUCGAUAAUUAUUUUCCUGUUUAAAAAGGUGUGACAAUUCCUAGGUGCGGCUCUACGUUUGACGUACCCCUUCGAAAUUUACAUUGCCUCCCCCCCCAGGGGAUAGAAGGUCUAAAUCAACACUGGGUAUGAUCAGUGCAUGUAAAAAAGGAAUACUGUUAUUGUAAAAGAAAAGUUAUAUGUUAGGUUAGGAAACACUUAGAAAUGUAAAAUAAUAAUAACCAUCCAUACUGAUUGAACUCAAAAUAUUUAUGUUUGCAAAGUUUUAUUUUUAUUUUUUACUUAUGGAUUGUAGAUAUUAAAGAAUAAAAAUCCUACCUAAUGAUUAAACAUCAUUUAUUGUGUUGACUUUUUUUUUUUCAUAUUUUACGUUUAAUGAUCAGCUAAAUAUGUUCCAAUUUUUUUUCAGUAAGUUAUUAAGUAAUAAUAAUGAUUAAUUUGUAUUUUGAGGUUUUUUAUAAUUAAAAAUUAAAAAAAAAUAUGUGUAUAAUAUAAUGAAAAGAAAACAACAAAAGUUCUCGAUAAUUGCAUUUUACUUACAGUUUUUAUCUGUAAUAAUUAUUUUGAUGUGCGCAUCACAAAUCGAUUUUUUUUGUUUUUUUUUUUUUUAAUUUAAACGCCAUCAUUAUUACAUUAUAAACGAGACCGCGACACGACCAAAAUAAACAUUUAUAUAGGUACCCUUGUCUCUUAGACAAAGAAUAAAAAGUCGAAAAGUUAUUGUUACGAUUGUUACGCGAACGAAACGUUUAAAAAAAUUGUAAUUACUAUAAUAUUCCGAUAAGUUCUCUGAAAGUACAUAAAUAAAUGUUUUUUUUUUCUUAACGAAAAAAUGUUCAAGUCUCUCGAGAAAAGCAACGCGAACCGUCAGCAGUGUUUCGAACGAUUUCAGUCUCGCCCUCGUUUAUUAUUAUUAUAUUCGUAGGUACGUGAAACAAAAAAUGUAACGAGAAAGUUUUCUCUUUAAUUGCGUACAUGUAUUUUAUAACGAGAAAAUAAUAUAAUAGUUCGUUUUUUUUUAAAUGGAUUUAUAUUGCGGUGUAUACCGUAGAGAACACGACAAUAUUUGAAUCUGUACAGUCUAUACGGAUGGAUUCUAUACUCACAACAUGGCCAUUUUCUCGGAGGAUUGUUGUGAAUCUGAUUUGCGUUUUGAUUUUUUUUUUUUUUUCAAUCAUUUUAAUGCACAUUCUUGUUAUAACGCAUUAUUUCCCCUUCCACCUCAAAUGAGUGCGUAUAAUAUAUUAUUUACUUAGGAUUUUUUUUUCAAGAAGUCGUUUUAAACAAAAUUUGAAUAUAAAAUGUUUAAUAUAUUUGAAUCCGUGUUGGGGGGUAUUAUUUUAAAAGCCAAUAUCUAUAUUCAUUUGAGCUAUAAUAAGAAUAGGGAUAGAAAUUUGAAAACACUGUUAAAAUCUUAAAUUGUUCCAUAAUUAUUGAUAAAACAAAAAAAAAAAAAAAAAAACAUUAAAAUUCACUUAAAUACUAUAAACUUAAAAUAUUUCGAGAAAAUCGCUAGUCCAUAAUAAUGAAUCGCUCUUUGUAUAUUUCGAAAAUAUUCAUUUGUUAUAUAUGAAAUAAGGUUGAAUGGAUUUUGAUAAAAUAUAGCGCCUGUAAAUUAAAUAAUUAUAAAAAACGUAAUAAUUGAACUUGAAUCAAAUAAAUGUAUACUAACGUACCAACAUUACAUUAAGAGUUUUGUCUCCGUCAAACGACAUACGGUAUAGCAAAUUUUAUUUCAGAAGACACAACUUCGUGCUGUUAGUUUUAAUAUUAGGGUGAAUUGAUCUUUUAUCAAACUUCAAUAUAAGAAUGAUAUCCGUGUGCAACUAUGUCUGGUUUUUUUUUUUCGAUAUUUCCUUUUUGUAUGUGACAAGUAAACAUUUUUCAGCUGUGAUAUUUCACAUACUCGUAAUAUAUAAUGUAUAUUAUCUCUCUCUAAAAACUAAAAUGUGAAAAAAAAAUAUAUAUUUUUUGUAGCUAGAGAUGAUAAGUUGAACAUUUAGAGAAUAACAAAACGCCGACAAAAUAUAAUACAACGGGUGUUUAAUCUGUAAAACAUAUGUUGUUGUUGUUUUUUUUUUUAAAGAUAUUUUCAUUUGCUUUACGUUUUUGAUACAUUGUCCGUUAUAGAAAAACCUUGAGUUUCUUCUUUAUUUUAAGCUUCUCGAGUUUCAGGGGACUGGUCGACGAUAAAGGAAGAAUCACUCUGUAAAUAAUUCGCCUGCCGCAACGAAAAACAUCGUAUCUAUUUUUUCCACCUUCCGGUCGUAAUCUCUUUGGACGAAUGGAGAUUUUCCGUGGGCGAUGCCGGAAAAAAUAUACGAUCUUGUAUCUAUGCUGAACUCCCACGUUUGCGAAAUGGCCCUUUUUAGGCCCAGUAAAUAAAUACACCUAUAAAUAAAACACAGAAAACCUUAAAGAACCAGCGACCGGUGAGAAAUAUUUACCAGUUCAAUCAAUCACGAAUCACAGCAACAUCGUUCUACCGCCAACCGCAAUGACCUGUUGAAUCUACGUGACCCAGUUCCCAUCAACAAAACUGUCCGGAGCCCGACGUCAAAUCAUCCGAUCACCGUCACCCGGACCGUGGGUGUAAUCAUUGAUAACAGCUCGCUCGGAUUGUUUUUAACGGAAAACCCCUCGAAAUGUUGCGACGACCCGCAUCGAAUCGGUAACUGGGCAACAACAAAUGCAUUUGCGGCGCACCUAUAGAGGCUCGGCGCCGGCGUAGUGGAGCCCGAGCAAAAAACGAAAACUGCGCGAAAUUCGUAAUUUACCAAUGAAAACACCGCAGCAGUAUGCUGGAGCGGAAGCCAAUCUGCGUUGAUUCCGGGGUCUCCUAAUACGCGAACGGGCUCUACAGUCCUAAUGGCCGCCUGCACAGACGAAACGUGUCGACACGAGCGGGUUUUUUUUUUUUUUGUGCAGUGAGACGUCUGUUUUCACAAUUCUUCUUCGCUGCUUGGCGCCGUAACCUGACUAAUACGCCCCGGCCGAUCACGGUACGGGUGACUGCGGUCCACGUCACCUCGGAGACGUAUCAGCCAGACAGAGCCGUUCUCACGGCCCCACGCGCUUUGCCCAGUCCGACGCGUCGGCCGCGUCUCCCGGGCCGACGACGGUGCACGAGUGUGGACUUUAAUCAAGCGCGUUUUGAUGAGCCGCGAUGA